UAUGCUAUCCAAUUGGCCACGCCGAGGAGCAGAGGGAGGCUAGGGUUUCCUCGCGAAAAAAAGCGCCGAGGAGCAGAGGGAGGCUAGGGUUUCCUCGCGAAAAAAGCGGCGGCGAGGGUCAGGAAAACUAUCCGAGGUGCGUGCCAUAGUGAGAGAGAUUGAGAUGGAUUCCAAGAAGGGAAUGUCCGAGAUGCAGAUGGAUCCGGGGGCGACAAGCAAGGAUACGGCGGCUGGCAAGCGGAAGAUGAAGAAAAUCGUACCUGAGAUGGGAAAGAAGGCAGCGAAACCGAGUGUUUGGAAGAUAGAUAGCACGGUGAAGGAAACGCGACCCCCGGCGUUUCUGCACAAGCUGACAAUUCCUGUCGAUGAUGAUGAUCGUGAUGAGUUCAACGAAUCGUGGAUGGGAACAUGGGGCGAUUUCAUCGUUUCCAUGGACCGAAAAACGACUAUACCCAGCGCGGGCUUCACGGACCUUGUUACCCGCAGGGGCGGCGUCUACGCCGUCGACACUCUGCAGCUCUUUGAAGUCAAAGUCUCAAUCAAAGAGACCUCAGGUUCAAUGUGGCCGCUGCAUGUGUAUGGCUUUAUUGCCGCACGGGAUUCGGUGGAUUACAAGCGCAAUAUCAUCUUUGAGCGUGAAAAGGAUAACUGCCAGAUCAUCAGUGAGGGGGUUCGUGUCUCUGUCUUAAGCCUGCUUGCCCCGUGUCUAUACUUGUGCGAUUUCUAUUUGAUCUGGUCUUCAGCUAAGCCUUACAUAAUUGACUAGCAGUAUGUCUCUGAUUAGAGAUUUUAUUAAUACCUUUGUUACUUUCUCAACCAUAGUAGCAAGUAGUAAUCCAUAUAUCAGCCCACACAUAUUACUUGCAAAAUAAAAGGUAGGGUACACUUUCCAUGUGUAUUUCUUAAGAACAAAACUGUGUGUGAUAAACACUUCCGAA